AUGAUUGGUGGCAAGUUUGGCUCUGUUGGUGGGGAAAAUACGGGCAGAAGUGGCGUUGUUGGUGUAAAUUCAUCAUCUGGAGGCAUGUUAGUCUCCGUUGGAGUAGCAAAUACGGGCGGGAGUGGCGUUGCUGGUGUAAACUCAUCGUCUGGUGGCAAGUCUGGCUCGGUUGGUGGAGCAAAUACGGGCGGUAGUGGUGUGGUUGGUGUAAAUUCAUCGCCUGGAGGUCAAAGUAUUGGGAGUAGAGGUGGUGCUGGUGUCGAAUCAGGCUCUGGCGGAAGGAAAGGGUUUGGUGGUAGUGAUAAAUCUGGAAUAGAUGGGGUGACCGGAGGAGUUAGCCAUGGAAAUAUUGGCGAUGGAGGUGGUGAAAGAACUAGCGGCGGUGGUGAAAAUACAAAUGGUGGUGGACUUUCUGUUGGUGGUGGUGGUAUGGCACUAAUGGUGGAGGCGGUGAAGGAAAUGGUGGUGGGGAUGAAGGUGGUGGAGCAGAAGUAA